CCAAUCUCUUUCCAACAAUAUAAGAAGACUUGUAGAGCAGUUGGGCCAAUGUCGUCUACUGUCCUUUUCUGCCAUUAAUAUAAAUACUAAGGAGGAGGGUUGCUCGAUUAGAUUUAUCUUGCUUCUGCGGCUUGCAAGAGUGGAAGUAGCGAAUUGAAGAGUUCCAGGAGGCGAGAUGGUUUCCAGCCCACUGAGCAAGGCAGUUCUUCAGAAGUCACUGAGCUUUAAGAAUUGGGAACCUCAAGAGCAAGCCAGCAACAAUGAAGUUGCAGCAUCGCAUCCAUCUCGCAUCAAGACCCCUGUCAACUUUGUGGUUCCCCGUGUGAAGCUCCCUCAGCCGGCUUCCUCGUUCACAUCCCCGAGGAUUUUGAGCGAGCUAGAUGACGCCGCCACCACCCUGCAGAAGGUCUACAAGGGAUACCGAACCCGGAGAAACUUGGCGGAUUGCGCGGUCGUAGUGGAGGAACUCUGGUGGAAGGCACUGGAUUUCGCAUCACUUAAGCGCACUUCUGUCUCCUUCUUUCACGAGGAGAAGCAAGAAACAGCAGUCUCUAAAUGGUCGAGGGCCAAGAACAGAUUAGCUAGGGUCGGUAAGGGUUUAUCCAAAGACGAAAAGGCCCAGAAACUGGCAUUGCAGCACUGGCUAGAAGCUAUCGAUCCCCGGCAUCGGUAUGGUCACAAUCUGCAUCUGUACUACGAUGUUUGGUUUGCCUGUGAAAGCUCCCAGCCAUUCUUCUACUGGUUGGAUGUUGGAGAUGGAAGAGAAGUGAACCUCGAAAAGUGCCUGAGAAGCAAGCUUCAAAAGCAGUUGAUUACCUACCUUGGUCCAAAAGAGAGAGAAGCUUAUGAAGUCAUUGCGGACAAGGGGAAGCUUCUGUAUAAACAAAGUCAGGAGCUUCUGAGUACUACUGAAGGAUCCAAGUGGAUAUUCGUUCUCAGCACCUCGAGGACAUUAUACGUCGGGCGAAAGAACAAAGGCACAUUUCAGCACUCUAGUUUCUUGGCUGGAGGAGCUACAUCAGCUGCUGGUAGGAUGGUUGCAAAGGAAGGCAUACUAAAGGCUAUAUGGCCAUACAGUGGGCAUUACCUCCCUACAGAAUACCACUUCAAGGAAUUCAUUAGUUUCCUUGAGGACAACCAUGUAGACCUCACUGAUGUCAAGAGGUGUGCCGUCGACGACGACGAGUACCCCACGCAGGAUAAGAAUGGUGUUGAAAUAGCAGUGGCAGUGACUGAGGUUGUGAAUGAGAUGGCUAAUGAUAGGAAUGAAGUGGAGAGCAAAGAAGUUGAACAGCCUUCAGAGCAAAACAAUGCAAGGGAGGGAAGUGAGGAAGUGGUUUUCGAGAUCGGAAAGCCUUUGUCGUUCAAAUGGUCGACCGGCACCGGUGCUCGUAUUAGCUGUGUCUGUGACUACUCUGCCGAUCUCCGGUCCAAGGCCCUCGAGCAAGUCAACCUCUCUCCCAGGGUGGUUCCUUCACCCAUUUGGAACAAAUUUCCAAUUCCUUCUCCAAGGCCAAGCCCCAAAGUUAGGCUGUCACCGAGGUUUCAGUACAUGGGCAUUCCUACUCCCACUACCGUCUCUCCUGUCAUUGCCCUGAUGCAGUGAAGCCGUGCAAUAUCAGUGACACUAAUGGAGAAUGAACUCGAUAAUUCUUUUGUUUGGGAUUGUGUAGAUUGGUUGUUUGAUCGAGAUGAAGGAUUUGCUUUCCCUGAUCUUCUUUUUGCUUUACCUUCGACUCACCAUCGAGUUGUAGGAUUCUGAAGUGAGGUGUUUCUUUCUCUAAUCCCUCAGCUUGUGUAAUAGAAAGAACUUUUUUUCAUGGAAGAGAAUCCUUUUUCAUGAAAUUAGAUUGGUAUUUGAAGUAAUUUGAAAAAUAUUCCACAAUCUAUUGGAUUGUUGCUUGUUCGA